AUGAUUGUAUGGGGUGAAGAUGGUUGUUACAAUACACCGAUUACUAUUUAUACGCAACCAGGAUGUAUACUCGUAGGUGGGAACCUGAAUAUGUCGUUUGAGCUAAUAAACGCAACUGCUAUAUUAGAGGUGAUUAGCCUAAGAGUUGCAGCAAUAAGUAAAAGAACAGAAGUAAUCGCUAGGAACUGCCUGUGCCACGACUAA